CAGAGAAUUACGGAGCUUCCAGAAAUUUAAAAUGGACAAAAAAAUGUCAAUAAAAGAGAAUGACAAAAAUGGUGUGGAAGCGAAUGGUCAUGUAAAGAAUUCAUCAAAUAUGCAGAAAGAAUCAAAGCAAGCCCUUCCACAAAGAAAAGUAUAUACACAUCGAAAUUCUGUUCUCACAGAUCUGAUGGAAGUCAAUCAUCUACAAACAGUAUACAACAUCAGUGUCGCCGUCUGUACAUUGCUGCUCAUCAAUGCUGCUAUUUAUUACUUGAGCGAGCCUGAAAUGUUUUGGAAAGAUACACUGAUAAUGAGGUGGGCCGUUUCAAAGUUAGAUCUGUUUGUGGGAAUAUGGAUUUUGCUACAGCUCUUCGCUUACUUUAUUUACGCCGGUUUCACUCUAUGGCUACAGUUAAGAAACCGGAUAUUUACAAAGGUCAUCGAUUUCCUGUUCCUGUCUCUUUUCAUUGUAUCUAUAGGACUACUCUAUACGCUUACGCCUUACACGGUGCUUAGAAACAACAUCCCACCUAUAACGGGCUUUGCUAUCGUUGCCGAACAGGUUCGAAUAUUCAUGAAAGUAUAUUCUUUUGUAAGAGAAACUGCUCCACGAGCUAUGAAAUACAAACCUUCAAAAGAUGGAAAUCAACUACACAGCAUUAUUCCAUCGCUCAGGCACUACACAUAUUUUCUCUUCAUACCAGCUUUCAUAUUUCGAGAAUCCUAUCCACGAACCAAAGAAAUUCGCUGGCGAGUCAUCGUAUACAACAUUUUCAAAUUCUUCUCUUGCAUCUUCAUCACGUACUGUGUCUUCAUGCGCUUCAACGUCGACAUCUUUAAAAGCACUGGGUUGAAACCUUUCAGGCCUUCUGAGGCUGCACUCACCCUCGCUGGCGCCAUGGUUGUCGGCUCCAUGAUGAUGUUCCUCAUCUUCUACGGAAUUCUUCACUGCUGGCUCAACAUCUUUGCCGAGCUGCUGAGGUUCGGGGACAGGGAGUUCUAUCAAGACUGGUGGAACAGCACAUCAUUCUCUCAGUAUUACAGGAGAUGGAACACUGUGGUUUAUGACUGGUUGUAUAACUAUGUCUACAUAGACACACACAAGAUGGGCUGCAGCAAAUCAUUCUCUUUGGUUUUGGUUUUCGUUGUGUCAGCCUUAGUUCACGAAUAUGUCAUAAGCAUGGGCUUAGGCUUCUGCUAUCCAGUACUGAUGGUGAUUUAUUCCACAAUAGGAGUAUUGGUUGUAUUUUUAACACAGAGCCGGACAUCUCAAUUUUGGAACACCUUCAUGUGGAGUAUGUUGUUUUCAGGAUGGGGAAUCAUCAUCAGCCUCUAUUCCUCAGAAUGGUACGCCCGGGUCAAUUGCCCUCAAAAACUGGAUUCCAAAUGGGACUUUUUCAUACCAAGAUCUUGGGACUCAUCAUGUCGCAUCCUGUUGUAAAUUGCCGUCCAGUCAUUUCUCAUCUCCAUUGGAAUUCAGACAUUGACAAAUGCAACUGUAUUCAAAAGAUUUGUACACAUAUCCA